AUGCCAAAGUCAGGACAAGUCGUCUAUUUCCACGCUCAAGGUACUGGUCAAACAGCGGCAUUAGCACUAGGCAUGUCAAAACGCAGUCACGUGCUGUUCUCCAGGGUAGCCAUGCGCCGGCGUGUUUGUAAGAGCACACGCACAGGCAUUGAAGCCGAAACACAGACUGAGAGCACCGAGCAGCAGAUGAACCGACGUGGUUGGGUUUUGGGCAAAAGCAUGCCGUCAAGCACAGCAUGCAGUUGGCAGUGGCCGGCCUUGAAACGAGCGAUCGCCCAAGACGCGCUAAAUUUAGUUGAACGGCUGCGCCACGGUUCCGACAAGGAUGGGCAGCGUGAGAUGGGCAUGUUGGCGUUUGUGAGUAAGCCGUCUCAACAGCUGUUCGACGAGGAGCAAGACGAGUACGUAUCUACACGAGCCGGAUGGAGAUACGAGGACGCUGACGAAUGCCAUCCUCGCCCGCUCCCCUGCUUGCUUUCACCAUCACCACCGCCACCAAUUCCUCACCCACCAGCCCUGCCUCUCCGACCUUCUCCUCGCUCUCGACCCGCGCCUCUCCACGCCUGCACCCUCGACCGCGCCCUUCACGUUCAGCGCAUACAAUCGCAUCACCGACACCAACCGUCCGCCCUCCUGCCCACUCCCUUGUCCGCGUCGGCCCUGGGGAUCAGACGGCUAGGCGAACAUGAAGAGGGGGACGUCAUGAUGCACGUUAGCACACUGCGCAAUGGCGCACUACGGCGACAAGACACCACCCACCUCGACGUGCCUGCUAUACAGCCCACACACACGCCACCCCGGUCCAGACGGAGAUACAGACGGUCCCUCCUGCCCGCCAUCACCACCUUGUCGCCCCUUGUCCUCGUCCUCGUCCUCUCCUCCUUCCUGCCCCUCGCCAGCGCCGUAUUUGUAAACUUCCGAGACUGUUUGACACGCAUCUACCUCGCCGACGGCAAGCAGACGCCAUAUCUUCGCUUCACUCCCGAGUACGUCUGGGCAGACUUCAGCCCCGAAUACCGAUUGAACUUUACCGUCUACGGAAAUGUCUCUGGCCAAACCCAGGUUGGCGAGUACCCACCGCUGGACGACGAUAACUGGAAGGACCCGAACAAGACGUUUGGCAAACUUGUCGACCUGAACGAAAAUCAAAAACACUACACCACCCUCUUCUGGAACAACAAGGUCGUCUCUUACUCCGCUUACAGCGCACCCCCUGUCCGCUUCUGCCAAUCCGUUCUCAACACUAGCUGUCCUAUUGCGCCUGCUUUUAAUGCAAACGCCAGCCAGUAUUGGACUUUGCCAGCCAUCACCGUUGCACGCGAUUUCAGCAGUUCGUAUGCAUUCUCAACAUGGGCCUCAACAAUGCGCAUUGUCUCUGGAAACGACAACGCCACUCCGCUUGGCUGCAUAUCUGCCAACAUCACCCCGGACCUUGGGAAGAAGCUGGCAGACUCCCUUUGCUACUUCCCCGCCGCCAUACUUGCCCUCGUUGGUAUCGCCACCGUCUUUGCCGCCACAUGCAGCCCUUGGGGAACCUCAAAUGUCUUCCGCUCCACGAGCAACUACGGUCGAGACGAAGAUCUCUUGCGCUUAGUCACACCAGGUUUUGGGGAUUGUCUGCAGUACAUCCAGUUCAUCGUCCUUGCAGGCAGUCUUAGCCUCAACUACCCAGGCUUCUUCCAGCCAGCCGUCAGCCAGGCCAGUUGGUCGCUUCUUCUUUUCAACCAAAGCUUUGUCAGCGAGGGCAGCGGCUCCCAGAGUCUUAUCGAUGGCAUAUAUUUCGUCAACGGCACCUACGGUCUCACUCGUCUCGGCCAGUAUGUGGGAAUGACAAAAGACGAAGACUUGUGGGCGUGCAUGGCCAUCUUCCUCCUUGUCUUGAUUGCCUGUGUAGUCUCGCUCACUCAACUAGGAUUCUUCGUCCGCUGGCUUGUGCGCUGGCUUACAAACACUCAGGACGGUGAUCUGACUGGAAAGAACUGGGCGUUUACUGCCGGCAACAUUGUGCGCGUCAUUUUCAACUACUUUUUGCUUCCCAUCAUAGCGUUGUCGCUAUUCCAACUCGUCGUAGCACCGCGCUCGUCGACAUCUGUUGUGGUUACCGCCGUCAUCAUGCUCCUCCUUGUCGCUGGUGUGGUUACAUGGAUCUUCUGGUUUAUCUUUACCACGCGCCCCCGAGCCCACCUGUUCGAUGAUCUUCCCACCGUCUUGACAUAUGGACCUCUUUACAACACCUACUCGGACGAUGCGGCACCAUUCGCCUUUAUUCCCGUGUUGCUGACGAUUGUACGUGGCAUUGCCAUUGGUGCUAUCCAACCCUCGGGCAUCGCCCAAAUCAUCGUCCUUGCGAUAUGUGAAGUUAUACUGAUCUUGACUCUGCACGCCUUCCGGCCAUUUCAAUCCAACACAUCGAUGAACGCUUAUCACACUUUCUUUUCAAUAAUUCGGCUUGUUUGUGUCUUGCUUUCGGUAGCAUUCGUACCCUCUCUCGAUGUCGACGAGGCACCCAAAGGCUGGAUCGGAUACAUCAUCCUGCUCCUCCAUGCUAUUGUUUUGAUAUUCGGCUUCUUCCUAAAUGCUCUUCAGACCAUCAUCGAAGUGUCGGCAAGACUUGCCGGCGUAGGUGGGGACCAAAGAGGUGGUCUUACUGCAGUCUUUGGAAAGCGGCAACUAUCCAAGCGCAAUCUUCAUCGACAUGCCCGCAGCAGUCUCAACUCGAAUGCUGUCAUGCUUGCCCAUGACGAGAACAAGAACAUCCAGCUCAUGGGCAGUCGAUCCCGGAGCAUGUCUGCCAGUUCGGCUGUUCUUCUGAACCAGCCAUACGACCGAGAUAGCCAACGCGCGAGCGUAGGCUUUGACGGAUUCAGCCAGGGCGACUUUGGAAACGCCAGUCCGUUCCCCGGACAGAACGCCGUACCUUUCAACUUUCUGGGUAGUGGGUCGGGCCAAAGCUCCAGGCGACCUACCAUGGGUGCAAUGGAUGCCGCCGAUCCAUACUACCGCCCUCCGCGACCCAGAAAACAUACUAUGGACUCGAUAACAGCGAGCGCACCUGGGAAAGCUCCUGCCCGAAGCGCCGACAUUGCUGAUGCUCCAUACUCGGACCAAUUUGAUGCGGACACUACUAUGCCUUUCGAGGGUCCUGCACGUAGUUCCGGCACUCCAGCUCCGGCAUAUCUUCGACUAAACCGGGACGACUCUGAUUCGAACCUGGACAGAAGGAAUAUUACCACGGACUAUUCCGUACGAGAGUCGGACUUUUACUAUGGUCUUCGUGGUCCUGCUUUGUCCUCACAACCAACGCGCAAGUUGAAGACUGGACCAGCGGAUCCUAUGGGCCCUGUUUCAUCAGCUACAGGUUGGUUCAAGAGCUUGAAUCUUCUUGGUGGGCGUAAGAAAGAGAAGAGCAAGGGUUUCGAGGUCGUCAGGAGCACGCGGAUUCCGCCACAGAUGAUGACUGUUGAAGAAGACACAACCUCGCCCGAAAUCGCACAAGAGCCCUACCGGGACAGUCCGGAAUCGCCCCCUCAGCCGAAGAAUGCACCCGGAAGUUCUGGUGUAGCAUCAGCCGCAGUCUUGAGCGGCAACAGACGCGACUCUUCAGACAGUGAAUCGGAUAGCAGCGACGACGAUCGAUUCGACCCGAUGCAUCGUGUCUCACCCACAGCACCGGCUUUGGGCCCCAUUGAGAGUUUUGGCGGAAUCGAGCUUCCCAGUAGAAUUGGGUCACGAUCUUCCCGUAUUACACAACCACCAGGGCCUCCAAGCCGUACGCCUACAAUACCGCGCAAGAAUUCGCGGCGCGUGGCGUCAACCGACUCUAAGCUACUCCAAGACCAAUUGCCAACGGCAAUGGAUGCUUCAAACUCAGCCAGUUCGAGAUAUCAGCAUUCGCAGCAGAGCCAUCUCUUAAUGCCAAGUGAAUCUGGUGGAUUACCUAUCCGUCUUCCUUUCGGGUCCAACGAUCCAUCACCUGAACGGACUCCUGGACCCUCUGCUGCAUCGAGCAUAUAUCGUCACGACGGCGCCAGCGACUUAAAUGCGCCAGGAGCGAUUGGCACGGGUGAGCGGCCUCUAAGCACUGGCUACGUUCAACAUCACAUGAUGAAAGACAGUGUUCAGACCGACGGCUAUGAUGCUGGAAGCCAUCUUGAAGCUUCGGCAGAAAUUGUGGACCGCAGUCGCAGCGGUAGCACGCAACACAGCAGGCGCAGUCACAACAUGUGACGGCCGCUUCUUUAAGACAUUCCUUACUUGCACUUGUGGCAUCAAUUCUGACCUACUUGUAAUACAUGUCAACGCAGACCGUGCAUUUACGAAUCUCUUUGCUGUAUAAUUGCUCAAAAAAACGGGGUUGGGGGGCGUUUCCCUUGGUUGGUCGCAAGCAGUGUGCUUUUCAGUAGCACAUGCAAGUACAAAUCUAUCUAGACAUUUCAUUUAUUCAUAUACGCAGGACAUGGAGAGCCGCUAGUUGAGCCAGCAUGGACAAUAGUAAUUCAAAAUAAUUUAUCUUUC